AGUUUAUCAAGAUGGAAGUGAAUACUCACGACCAUCCGCUUGUUUUUGUCACAAGACAGGAGAGUUUCUCUGCAGCCCAUAGAUUGCAUAGUUCAAAGUUGACAGACGAGGAAAACUUGGAAAUCUAUGGCAAGUGCAACAAUGAACAUUUUCAUGGACAUAAUUAUACCGUAAAAGUAACCAUACGAGGUCCAGUACACCCUGAGACCGGCAUGGUUGUUAACCUUAGCUCUUUAAAGGAAGCCAUAAGAGAACUUGUAGUAGAGCCUUUUGAUCACAAGAAUUUGGACUUGGAAGUAUCCGAAUUCUCAAAACUAGGAAUUCCUAGCACUAUGGAGAAUUUGGCUGUCAUCAUAUGGAAACGUCUAUUCAGUCGUUUCAAGCAACUGCUUUACGAAGUAGUGGUACAGGAAACCAACGGUCAUUUUGCUACGUAUCGUGGUGAAGUCUGUUGAUUUUUUGAAAUUAUAAAGUCUUGUAGAGCUAUGGACAAGAACGUUGAAGUGUGAAGUUUCGAGACUUUGUACUUUAAUAUUGUAGUCAUCAAGUAAGGAUAAACAGUUUAUUUUCAGGCGAAAACUCAAACAGCUUUUCAAUCGAUAUAAACUUGGGCUUUAUCGG